AUGCCUGAACUUCCUGAAGUUGAAAGAGCUCGAAAGCUCAUCCAGGAGACAUGUAGAGGAUACAAGAUUAAAUCGGUAGAUUCGGUAGAAGAUAAGAUCGUAUAUACAGGAGGAGAUGAUCACAGCGCAUUUGCCAAGGAAAUUACAGGACGAACUAUAACAGGUUGCGAGAGGAAGGGCAAGACAUUCUGGAUGACACUUGCUGGUAAAGGAAGAUUACCAGUCAUGCACUUUGGUAUGACAGGUAUGAUCCAGUUGAAAGGUCAAGAACCUACAUGGUACAGAAGAAGACCUAAAGAAAACUCAAAUAAUUGGCCGCCAAAAUUUCAUAAAUUUGUACUUAAACUUGAACCUCAAGAAGGAUCAGUAGGCGAUGAACCUGUAGAAUUAGCUUUCCUAGAUGGAAGAAGACUUGGACGAUUGAGACUUCUACCUUCUCCCGUCACUUCACAUCCACCAGUAUCAGCUCUGGGAUUUGAUCCAGUCCUCUCACAUCCUUCGUUCGAAGAGUUCCAAGAACUAAUAGCGAAGAAAAAGGGGACGGUGAAGGGUAUGAUUAUGGAUCAAGCCUUUAGUGCAGGAGUAGGAAAUUGGGUAGCAGAUGAAGUACUUUAUCAAGCUCGUAUACACCCGUCAUGUCCUGUCAACCACUUAUCAUCUCAGAACAUUAAAGAUCUUCAUUAUCAGUUACGAGCGGUACCUUUAAAGGCUGUAGAAGUUAAUGCUGACUCUCGACAAUUUCCUGAAGAUUGGUUAUUCCGUUGGAGAUGGGGAAAGGGAAAGAAACAAGCUAAAGGUAAAAAGAAGGCUGAAGAUGCGGAAGGAAGUGAUGGUGAAGGUGGAGAAGAUACCAAACCUCCUGGAAAAGAUUUUCUUGCUUUGCCUAAUGGUAAACCUGCAACAAUUGUAUAUGUCGAAGUUGGAGGUAGAACAACAGCGGUAGUGGAAGAAUUGCAGAAGAUGCCUGAAGGCGUAGAGAUCAAACCGAAGAUAAGUAAAGGUGGGAAAGGUAGUCAAAGUAAAAAGCGACCAAAAGGAGAUGAUUCAGACAAUGGAUCGAGUGGUCUUUCAUCGGAAGAAGAAGUAACUACGCCUGUAAAAGCUACUACAGCUAGACAGAGGGGUUCAGCAAGUAAAAAGGUCAAAUCUGAGGUUAAGACAGAAAUAGAGGACGGGCCACUGCGCAAGUCUCAAAAGGUAUCGAAGGGAACCACUCCAUCUUCUGGUCGAAAAGCCAAUGGGAAUGGAAACUCAAAACCUGUCAAAAAAGAACCUACUUCUAUCACCAAACCCCGAGGAUCGCGAGGGAAGGCUACCAAAAUAGAUUUGGAUGGAGAGGAUUCGUCAGGUUUAUCCGAUGCGCCUUCUGAGAAUGAACUGUGA